AUGCUGUCCUCAAAGAGCUUACACUCUAAAAGGGGAGGGGGAUGAGGAGCAAGGCCUGAAAAGAAGCCCCAUGUGUGCCAAGCCCUGAAAUACCAAUAGAAACGACGGCCCCCGCUCCCUAGGAGAUGGUGUUGUGAUGGCGAAGAAAGCGAUUACAUAGAGAACACACCUACUCUGUAGACCAGAAGGGGUGAAGUAAACCUAGGUCCAAAGCAGUCAGACACGGAGUAAUUUGAGGAAGGGGGGCGCCGGUAGGCCCCGCCCACGCACAGGAGGGAAGGCGGCAGCAAAAAAGGCCGUCCAUUUCCACCCCCUCCUUUAAAUACAAGCGGCCUUUAAUAACCGCGAUGUCCGAGGCGUGGUUUAAAUCGGUAUUCAAGCAUCUGUUAAGCGCCUGCUGUAUGCCAGACACUGGCAGUACCAAAGAAAGGACAUCGAGCCUUUUGCUUCAUAACAGGCUCCUUGAAGCCAGGGACACUUUACCAUUUGUCCGUUUCCCCAGAGCUCAGCAAAGAGCUGGGCCAAUAUUAGGCAUUUAAUAAAUGCUUGUGGAUUACUGGAAGGAUUGUUUUCCAAGCACUGGGCACUGGUCAAACAGACUAUAGAGUCAGCAGCUGCCCUCAAGGAACUUACAUCUUCAUGAGAAGUCAGCAGGCACAUGUGAUCACAAUAUUCAAAACAUAAUAAAGGAUGAUAGUGACUUGUGUUUCCAUGAAUCGGAAUGUGACUGGAGAUGGUGCUAAAACAUUCAUUAUCCUUCUUUGUGAUUUACUCCGAGGACUUAAGGCAGUCACUGAUAAAGAAAGAGGUUCUCUUGGGGGAAGUAUUCAAAGCCAAGAAAGACACUGGAAAAAUUGUUGCCAGUGGAAAUACAUUUCUCAAGCCAUUUUGACAUUUCAGGCACACAUAUUAGACUAUAUUGUGGUUCAAUAUUUGAGUAAACACUUUUUGUCUAUCAUUUCCUUUUCUGGAGAAGAGAAAAAGUUUUGUAGGAACUCACUAGAAUCACUAUUAGAUGCAUAUUUUUGUGGAAGAGUGGGAAGAAAUAAUCAGAAAUUUAUUUCCCAGUUAACUUGUGAUUAUUUUUACAAAUGUUUGAGCCAUGAAGAUGGUAAGAAUGAAAUGAUUGAUUUAGUAGAUGAACAUUUUCUGGAAUUGUGCACUGCUGUCACAGGACUUCCAGUUUCAAGUUCAAGGAUCAUAUCAGGGUUUGUUAUUCAUAGAGAUUUUUCUGUUUACUGUCCAGCAGACGGUGAUGUGAAAAUAAUCAUUGUAACGGAACCCAUUCAGCCUGCACUUUCUACCUCUGGUUCUGAGCUUGUCAUAAAUUCCGAAGCCCGGUUUCAGGCAUCUCACAUUUGGAUUACAGAAAGGACAAAAACCAUAAUGAAAGAUUUGCAAAGUAAGGGUAUAAAAUUGCUUUUGUCUAGUGUGAAGCAACAGGAUGCAGUUAUUUAUUAUGCAAAACUGAAUGGCAUAUCAGUGGUAGAGUGUAUACCAUCAGAAGAAAUUUCUCUCCUUUGUAGAAUCAUUGCUCUGUCACCUUUUAUGCCGUCAUGGGCCACUUCACAGUGUCACAUCUCUGACACUGCAUUAGUGAAAUUUUGUCAGCCCAUUUUCCUUAAUUCCAGAAGGUAUGUUCAUCUUGGUUUACUUAGCACACACUCUUUUAUACCCCACUGUUUGGUUCUUUGUGGACCAGUCCAAGGCCUCACUGACCAGUAUAUUCAUGCUUUCCAUGGAGCAUUUAAAGUACUUCGACAAGUCUUUAAGGAACUUUAUCUCAGUUACAAAGCACAAGGAAACAACCUUGAUGAGACUUCAAAUUCUGUUACUUCUGAAGAUAAGAAACAAAGUCACCAUUUGAUACAAGUUUAUAGAGCUUUGUUUGAAAGACAGCGUCUAGACUCAGUUUUAAGGAGUAAAGAUAAUCCAUCAAGAAUGCAUUCUAAUUUAAGAGCCACUCCAGAUUUAGUGCUGUCAGGUAUGGAAUCAGAGAGUGAUAUUCCAAGUACAACUUUAACAGGCACACACAAAAUUAAUGGGGACUUUGAAUCCCUACUAUGUACUUAUCCCAACAAAAUUGAGAUUAAUGCCAAUGAACCACUUGUGGGUAUCAGGUGUAUUUGUAAUGGGGAUUCCCUGAUAGAAGUUCCUGAUGAACAAUUAAAUGUCAUUGAACAGACUUGCAAAAUAAGCGUGACAUCAAAGGAGGUCUUUCAGAACACCUCAAAAAGUUCCUGUACUUCCUUUAUACAGGCCGGUUCUGUUUUACCAGUAGGUGGUCACUUUGAGAUACUAUUACAUUAUUAUCUUCUUGACUAUUCCAGACAGUGCCAAAAGCCAGAAAUAAGUAUGAUUAGUUCAUUAAUAGCUAAUGCACUGCUGAGUGUGCCAAAAACCCUUUAUAAAGCUAAGAGAGGAAAUAAAAGCUUUUGCCAUGUUUACUUAAGAACUAUGCAUGCUCUACAAACUAAGCAGUGGAUGGCAGGGAGUCAAAUGGGCCUUGAAUCAGUAGCUUGUAAAUACCAAUUAUUAACAUCCGUGCUUCAUUGCUUGACAAAACUCUUGACUAUUGACUUAGUCAUUAGGAUUAAUAAACAGCCACAAAAGACUGGUGAUGAUGAGACAGAAGAGGAUGUGUGAAAAAAAUAGUUUUGUUCUCAGUGGGUCUUUUUAAAUCUGGCUCAGUCUAGAAAGGACAGGUAGAGAGCUGUCCCUCAGCUUAAUUCUUCCAGGCUUUCCAAGAUGAAACCAUGAGGUUAUUGGUCAUGUUUGCUCCUAGAAUGGUGAAAAAUGCAACUUGGCUUUAAAAGCUCUGUGCAUUAGUAUGGUCCCAAGCUAGGAAUAUUUCUCCAUGGGAACUAUACUUUUUUUUCUUGAUGUUUGUUCUUGCUAAAUGUGACUAUUAUAGAGGAAGGAGGGUGGUAAGAGGUUUUGUCUAUCCCUUCUUCCCUUCAUUCCCUCUUCUCCAUUCUCUUUACAUUUUUGUACAUUAACUAUCCAUAUUAUAGGUCAGAAAAAAUUUUUAUUUGUUGUACUAAUUAACUAGCACACUGUAAAAUUCCAAACAAAUGUCAGGGUUUUUACACCCUGCCAUUAAUUAUAGUAGUUUCCACUACUAUAUUUGUUCCAUAGCCAUAUUAAUAAAGAAUGA